AUGUCACAAUCCCUACUUCUACUCCCUCAACACCCCGCACCAGCUACAGCUGCUACACUCGGUGCGGCUUACUACUCAUCAAUAUCUGCAGUUCUUUCAAGUCUCAAAACUUCCUCAUCCAGUACCAAGCUUACAAUCGCGCUCGCUUCUUCAAAUUUCCAUGGCCGACUGAAAGCCCCAAGAUCCCAAAUUUACAAUGAGGCAGAGAAGUUACUGGCUGGUGUUUACAGCUUGAUUUGUUCUAUUUGCGCCAAGGAAGGGGUCAAUAUUACAUCCAAGUUACCUGGAGCUGUGGAUUUCCACAUUGUUUUACUGGAUUACGAUUCCACUCGUUUUCUCAAUCAGACGAACUCUGGACGUGAUGUAAGUCUUGAGGUUUUGGCUGGUGGGCCCAUCGUUGAACUCCCUUUAUUUGCAAGUACGCGACGUCAUUGGAAUAAGAUAUUCUCAGUGGAAGGCGAGGGAGGACAGAAUUUGCUUGGAGACUUUCUACAAUUCGCAAGUAGAAUUAGUCCUCCUUUACAUGCAGAACUUCAAAUGGUCGGUGGCGGAGUGAGCAUGGUUAAAACUAUUUCCCAGUCCAUCCAACCAAAUCCUUCAACCUCUCAUACUGUGGUAGCAGUAGGUGGGGAUGAAUUGUUGAAGAACAAAAAAUAUUCCGAAUAUUUGCAGAGUUGGGAAGAACGACAAAAUGAUGUUGCUGAGUUUCUUACCUCGAUUCUGUCUUUCGCACAAACUUCCGGCGAGGAAGCUAUUCAAACAGUUCCUGUGGAAAAUUCGACUGGUCGGGCUAUACAUACGAAACUCAAUGCUUGCUCCAUCACCAUUGAGUGUGUUGAAAUUCAAGAUCCUUAUGGGCCCACUAUCACUGAUGAAACGGUAACCGCACUCGUUGUAUCCGGAGAAACUAGGUCAGGUGGACAAGCAGUGAACGAUAAAAGAGUCGAAAAGGGUUGGAAGGCACUUGAAGUCUAUGAAGUCGAUGUGCUCGACGCGCAAGCUGGUCUCGAGACCACUUCUACAUCGGACGAAUUUGCUUCCAAGAUUAGCAGUACUGCAAUAAGGAAGCAGAUGGCCGAUCGCACACCUACCUCUUCACUCUAA